AUGCAGCAGUCAAGCAAGAUAGCCGAGUGGUUAAAGUUUCCUUCUGUUUCUAAGAGGUCGUGGGAUCAAUCCUCGCCGUUGUCAAGUUGGGAGCACGAAUUUGUAGCUAGAAAUGAGUUCGGAAAUAUUACUACCGGUGCUGGCAAAUAUAGCAGGAAUAUUGAUCCCACAGCCCACACUCCACGCCAUGACCGAACCUUUGUCAUUGCUAUCGGUGCCUAUCUUUGGGCUGCCGCCACCUUUCUUGUUGCCUUCUUCCAGGUGGCUAUGUCAAGAACACUGAAUGGUGUAGGUCUAGCCAUUGUAAUACCCGCGAUUCAGUCCCUCAUUGGCCUCACAGAAGAGAGCAUGCGCGGCAUGGCCUUUGGAUGGUUGCAACUCACAGGAAACAUGGGCGCCAUCCUAGGUAGCAUUUGUUCCAUCCUAGUAGCCUCAUCAACUUUCAUGGAAAUUUCAAGAUGGAGAGUUGCCUUCCGUGUUGGGAUCAUAAGCAUCGUAGUUGGCAUUUUAGUCCAAGUUUUUGCUACUGAUCCCCGCUUUGCAGAUAAGGCUAAAAGGGAGAAUACUUCAAAUAUGUCCUUCUACUCGGAACUUAAGGAGGUACUAUUGGAAGCAAAAUCUGUUAUCCGAAUUCCAUCUUUUCAGAUAAUUGUAGCUCAGGGUGUCGCUGGAACGUUUCCUUGGUCGGGGCUAUCCUCGUUUGCACCCAUGAGGUUAGAGCUGAUUAGCUUCUCCCAUGAAACUACAGCCGUUUUGAUAACCAUGUAUGUGAUUGGUAAUUCUGUUGGAGGUUUAUUUGGUGGGAAAAUGGGAGAUAUCCUCUCUAAAACCAUGCCUAAUACUAGAAGAAUUAUUCUAUCUCAGAUAAGUUCUGGCUCUGCAAUACCUCUGGCAGCAAUAUUAUUAUUAGGAUUACCAGAUGAUACUUCUGGUUCUUAUAAAUAUGGUUUGGUCCUGUUGAUCAUGGAAAUCGCCACAUCGUGGAAUGCUCCAGCCACAAACAAUCCAAUAUUUGCAGAUAUAGUACCUGAGAAACAUCGAACGAGCAUUUACACUCUAGAUUGUUCCUUUGAGUCAAUACUCAACUCAUUUGCUCCACCCCUUGUUGGCGUACUGGCUCAGCAUGUUUACGGCUACAAGCCAACCCCUGAAGGAUCAUCAGAGUCUGCAGUUAUCGAAACUGACAGAGAAAAUGCUACUGCCCUGGCAAAAGCUCUUAACAUCAAUUUUGCAAUCACAAUGUCAGUUUAUUGCUUAAUAUACUCCUUCCUUUACUGUACUUAUCCUAGAGACAGAGAACGAGCAAGAAUGGAGGGUAUAAUUGACUCCAAAGCACAGUUAACGGAGGCCGACAGUUUCAUUCUUGUAAACUUCAGUUUGCAGAAAUAGAUAGACAAGGUUCUGAAGAUGCAGUUUUGACAGUUGAAUAUGGUAUUGAUGAAGUUCCUAGUUCUGAAGAAUCUUCUUGUAACACAGGUACCUGGUUGAGUUUCAGGUGAAGUGCAAGAGUUGCUUUGUAUGUGGAAUCUUACAUGUCCAAGAUUAAUAUACUUUCCUAAUCAUAGAAAGUCAAAGAUUUUGAUGAAGUUCAAUCCAGCAUUCAAAUAGUUUCAUGUCCCUGGUGUUUUCAUUAAUGCCCUCCUACAACUUCAAUAUAUAGUCGGCCAGUCAGUUGAUUCAAUCAAGUCUAAUGUAGACACACAAAGGAUCAUUUAACAAGCAUCUGCUUACAAGUUAACACGCAGAAGAUUUACUAUACGUCACUUGUGUCACAUGAAAAUACAACCCUAGAGAAAAAAAAGGGUUUCUGAAAAACUAGAUUAACUAAAAUCGAUGUGCAAUAAUUUUGUUGUUAGAAAGCGGAACAACAUUAUUUUAUUAUGAUUUUCCAUACUACACUCAUGUCACAUGCUUGGGCUAUUCCCCAUGUAAGAAGUGUGAUUUAGGCGAUGCCCUGUCUUACAAGUAAGUUGAGAUGUACUCUAUAAGUGAAUAUGUGAUGAGUGAUGAAUCCAAAGUCAACAAUUUGGACAAUUGUUUCAUUGUUUGUCUAUAUACUCAACACUGCCU